AAAUAGACACAAGAGGGCUAUUGUUAGAGAAAUUGCUGUAUUUCGUAUGUUUUUUUGAAUUUGUUGAGUCAGUCCGGUUAUUAUUUCAACUUGUGCUUCUUUUGAUUAAUUAUACUUUGAUUUUCUUUGAUAGAAUUAAUUGUCAACCAUGGCUUCAUCUUCUAAAUCUGGGAAUAGUACACGUUUAAUCAAUCCUGAAAGAAAUUUGAUUUUAGAUGGAUUUGAAAAUGAUUCACAAGCUAAAAUAUCGAAACAUCCAUUAAUGGCCUCUGAAGCCUCGUAUGAGAAAAAUAGAGAACAACUGAGUUAUUCUAUUCUUCAAUCAAAUCAAGGUGUCCAGGCUCCAUUGAAAUUGAUGAUGGAAAGGAAAGCAGCUUCCCAAGUCGGACAUUUACCUUUUCUUUCAAGCUCAAAUGCUAUGCUUGAAACUUUAAAAGGCCAAGAUAUGAACUUUGGCCCCGAAGACAUGUAUAAUGAAUUUCUGUCGGAUAAAGAACUUAUGGGUACUCCUCAUCUUGUUAUGGAACGUCAUUUGAAUAUUUUGUAAUGUUCAGCACAUAGUUAAUAUUGAUGUGAAAUAAAAAUGCAGUAAUAUUGGUUUAAAC